AUGUACUUUCAACGUGCAUUUUAUGUUUUAAAAUCAAAAAGUUCAUCAAGAUGUUUAUUUCCUAAAUUCUAUACUUCUUUGACAUCGAGGCUUUUAAAAACGCCUUUCUAUGAUUUUCAUGUGGAACAUGGAGGACAGAUGGUCCCUUUUGCAGGAUAUUUAAUGCCGGUUCGAUAUAUGGAUCAGAGUAUUUUGGAGUCUCAUAAACAUGUUCGCAGCAAAGCAGGUGUUUUUGAUGUGUCUCAUAUGUUUCAACUUAACGUUUCAGGAUCAUCAUCUAUCUCUUUUUUAGAGUCUUUAACACCUUCAGAUAUAAAUGAAAUGCCUUUAUAUUCAUCUUUGUUAUCUACUUUAUUAAAUUCUAAUGGAGGAAUUGAAGACGAUAUAAUGAUAUAUCGUCAUAACAAAGAUGAAUUUUAUUUAGUUACUAAUGCAGCAACACGUGAAAAAAAUAAGUCAUAUUUUAAGAAGCAUUUAGAUUUAUGGGGUGAUUCAAAUGUCCAACUCAAAGAAUUAAAAGAUAGGGGGCCAUUAUCAGCCGAUAUUUUGCAGGAACAUACAAAUACUGAUCUUACAAAUAUAAAGUUCGGAAAAUGUCUUUUUAUUAAACUUGCAGGAUCAAAUGUUCAUAUUUCUCGAACAGGAUAUACAGGUGAAGAUGGAUUUGAAAUUUCUAUUCCUAUUGAAAAUGCUGUUUCUAUUUUAAAAGAACUUUUAGCUACUACUAAAGAAUUAAAGUUAUCAGGUCUUGGAGCUAGAGAUUCGCUUCGUUUAGAAGCGGGCAUGUGUUUGUACGGCACAGAUAUAGAUCAUACGGUAACGCCAGUUGAAGCAAGUCUUUCCUGGAUAAUUGGGAAACGAAGACGUGCCGAAGGUGGAUUUUUAGGAGAUAAAAGGAUCUUACAGCAAUUACAAGAAGGGAUACAACAGCGAAGAAUUGGUUUAAUUGUCAAAGAAGCACCAGCAAGAUGUGGUGCUAUAAUUCUUAAUAUUGAUGGCUCGGAAACGAUUGGACGAAUUACUUCAGGCUGUCCUUCUCCUUCUCUUCAAAAAAAUAUUGCUAUGGGCUAUAUCAAAACUGGUUAUCACAAAAAAAACACAAAUGUAGCAGUAAAUGUCCGUGGGAAGCUUCGUAACGCAACUGUUAUUAAAAUGCCAUGGAUUCCUAACAAAUAUUACCGAUAA